AUGAGGCUUUCGACACUUUCAUUAUGGCUCAGCGCCGCCGUUCUGGGUCUCGCAGCGAGCGAUGACUUGGUCGAGGAUGACCCGACGAGGGAGAACACAUACUUCGAUGCCCAGAAGGUUCCCCCGCUGUUGGAGUUGAGCCCCGACAACUUUGCAAAGGUCGCCAACUCGACCUCAUUAUUGAUGGUCAAGCACUACAGUCCGUGGUGCCCUCACUGCAUAGACUUUGCACCCACGUAUCAAACCUUGUACGAAUUCUACUACACCUCGAAGCCAUCAGAAUCCGAGACCUUCACCGAUUACUACGACUUCCGGUUCGCCAUGAUCAAUUGUAUCGCCUAUUAUGAUCUGUGCAGCGACCAUGGUGUGAUGUCGUACCCUACGACUGUCUUGUACAAGAAGGGGGAGGCCAUCGAAAUCGCGAAAGGCGCCAAGAACAUGAGUGUGCUUAGCGGCAUGAUCGAGAAAGCUCUUGAAGAGCAGAAGCCAGGAAGCCGGCCUGCUGAGGUUGUUCUCCCCGAACCAGGCGCCAAGGGCAAACCCACUCCGUCAGGGGACGCGAAAACCCCAGCCAAGUCGGAGCCUGCCGCCGCAAAGGCAUCCCCUGCUGCGAAGCAGUCACCUGCCGCCCAUGCGUCUGCUGCCGCCAAAGCAUCGCCUGCUGCUAAGGAGGCCACUGCAGCCAAGAAGGCGGCUGCUGUGCCUGACCGAGUCACCCCCAAGAAGCCGACGAAGCCUGCCGUUACGCCCAACCCCCUCGGUACUUCUGUACCCUUGACCGCCGAGACCUUCCAAACCAUGGUCACCAUGACCCAGGAGUCUUGGUUCAUCAAAUUCUAUGCGCCUUGGUGCCAUCACUGUCAGGCUAUGGCAUCGAACUGGCAGCAACUGGCCAAGGAGAUGAAGGGCAGGCUGAACAUUGGAGAGGUCAACUGCGAGGCGGAGCAACGAUUGUGCAAGGAUGCUCGUCUUCAUGGUUACCCGACAAUUCUUUUCUUCAAGGGUGGCGAGCGUGUCGAAUACGAUGGGCUUCGAGGCCUCGGUGAUUUCGUUCAGUACGCCGAGAAAGCUAUUGACAUUACUGCUGGCGUGCAAGAUGUCGAUGAGGCCUCCUUCAAGGCGCUCGAGGAGAAAGAGGAGGUCAUCUUUGUCUAUUUCUACGAUCAUGCCACAACGGGCGAGGAUUUCAUGGCUUUGGAACGCCUGCCUCUGAGCCUCAUCGGCCGCGCGAAGCUCGUCAAGACCAAGGACCCUGCUCUAUACGAGCGUUUCAAGAUCACCACAUGGCCGAGACUGCUUGUCGCAAGGGAAGGGCGGCCGACCUACUAUACUCCGCUUACUCCCAAUGAAAUGCGCGACAACAACCGAGUCCUCUCUUGGAUGAAAUCCGUCUGGCUCCCGAUAGUACCAGAGAUGACCGCUUCCAACGCCCGCGAGAUCAUGGAUGGCAAGAUUGUCGUUCUGGGCAUCCUGAACCGGGAGGAUCAGGACGCCUUCCUGGGAGCCCGGCGUGAGAUGAAAAGUGCUGCCAACGAGUGGAUGGACAAGCAGAUCCAGCUUUUCCAGCUGGAACGCCAGGAGCUGCGCGAUGCAAAACAACUCCGAAUCGAGGAAGCCGAAGACCGAAACGACCAACGAGCUCUCCGAGCCGCUAAGAGCAUACGAAUCAACAUGGAUAGGUCCGAGAAGAAAGAGGUUGGCUUUGCCUGGGUUGACGGCGUUUUCUGGCAGCGCUGGAUCCGCACCACUUAUGGCAUCGACGUCAAGGAUGGAGAUCGGGUCAUUAUCAAUGACGAAGAUAACCGCCGCUACUGGGACCAGACCAUCACCGGAAACUCCAUUCUGCCUUCCAGAACCUCUAUUCUUGAGACCAUCAACAAAGUCACGCAGUCGCCGCCAAAGAUCAAGCCCAAGCUGACCAUCUCCAGCUUCGAGAAGAUCUUCUUCGAUAUGCGUGUGACUUUCUCGGAGCACCCCUUCUUGACCAUUGGCUGCGUCCUGGGUCUGUCAUUAGGAUGCGCAUCCUGGUUCAGGGGUCGGCUCAGGCGUACGCGAGGCCACUUCCGCCUCGAUAGUAACCUGGACGGCAGGGAGUUCAAGGCCCCGAUACUGGGCACCAGUGCCAACGGUGCCAAGGUGGACUGA